UGGGUUUAAAAAAAACCUUACAUCGUUCUUUCCGGAUUUGCAAGAUUGAACUUUCCUAAUACAAUAAGGCGGAGUUUCUCAAAGCUUGCAAUUUGACAAAAAAAGUUCCGAAACAAGAAGCAAAAAAAACCCCCACAAUACCGGAGAGGUUCGCUGGAUUGGAGUUAAACUUCACUGUUUCUCGAAGAAUAUUGUUUCUCUGCCGUCCCUACACCGCCCCCACCACGACGAUUGGAACAUCUUUGUACUCGGCUCGCUGGGAAGUUUCUUGAGCCUGCGCUGAAGUGACGCUCCCUGGGGUGAGGUGGACGCGCUCCCGGAGACAGCAUCGGCUGACACUGAGUUCAGUUUACCGUGUAAGUGUGGUAGAAUUUGGAGACUCCUAGCCUCAUGUAGCAUAGAUUUUGUCCGUCUGUCCAGGAAAGAGUCUGACAUCGCACUCUUCACAAAAUAAUAUUUAUUUCCUAAGUAGGGAAGAAACCUGACUCAGUUUAGGCGGCUAUUCUUGGCACUUGGCAGGUGUAGUCUUUGUACCAGGGUGGAUGAGGUAGUGUUAGAGAGCUCAAAGGAGUUGGUGUCUGAGGAAAAAGUGUUGACUCUGGGCCAUUCUGCUAUUGACGCCUUGUGUUCACUUUGUCAAUCUGCAAACGAUAUCAACGAACUCACUGAAUCAACCAGUCGUGUGAAUGUCCAAACAUGAAAAUACGCUCACUCUGCUCGUGCUUCAUGCGAACUCCGAAGGUGAGCUUGCAACCAUUAGAUUGGAAUGGAGAAGAUAGGGGCUAUUAAUGGAGAUGAAGCUAAACGCAACUCAGCAACUCUUGUACUGCACCGGGCAAAAAUGCCAGCCAGCAUCAUCAUCUCUACGGUGCUGUUCAUAGCAGAAAUUGUAGCUGGUGGCAUUCUCUGUGCCUUGUACAGCCGCUGGGGUGAUUCAUAUUGGCUGGGACUAACUAUUGUCUUCAUGUUGGUACCAUCUGUGCUGGUGCAGUUUGCAUUGAUCUUAAUCCAUCGGGAACUGGGCAUGAACAGGCCAUUCAUAUUACUGCUUCAUCUACUGCAGAUGGGACCUAUCAUCAGGUGUCUAGAAGCUAUUAUUGUGUUCUGCAAAUCUGGGAAACAUGAAGAGCCAUAUGUCAGCAUCAGCCGGAAAAAAAGAUUCCAUCGUGGCCAAUCAAAUGAAUUUGAAAAAGAAGUGGGCCAUUCGACGAGAAAGUUGACUAUCCACCGUAAUGCCUUUCAGCGGGCAUCUGUCAUUCAAGCCUUCAUGGGGUCCACCCCUCAGCUCAUCCUCCAGCUGUAUAUAAGUGUAAUGCAGAAGUACAAUCCGCCAGCACGGGUUGCUCUGAUGUUGAUGUCAUUGCUGUCAGUUACCUAUGGAGCCCUGGUAUGUAACAUCCUCUCCAUCCAGAUCAAGUAUGAUGACUACAAGAUUCAACUCAGGCCAGUUGGUUACAUAUGCAUCAUCCUGUGGCGCAUCUUGGAAAUUGCUACUCGAGUCAUAGUAUUGGUGCUGUUCAGCACAGCAUUGAAGGAGUGGGUGUUUGCCGUGGUCUCCAUGGACUUCCUGGUCCUCUUCUUCCUCCCUUGGGCUGAGUUCUGGUAUAGCCGCUCACCCUUCCCUGAAAACAUUGAAAAGAACUACAAACGGUUUGGCACAGCUGUCGUACUGUUCCUUGUUACCAUUCUGUAUGCUGGAAUUAAUGUGUUCUGCUGGUCAGCGGUCCAGCUUAUGCUCAGCAAUCGUGACUUAAUCAACAAGAAACAGAACUGGGUCAGGUUGUCUGCCUAUUACAUACUGCGGUUUGUUGAAAAUGCAGUACUCCUAGUUUUGUGGUAUUUUUUCAAAACAGAAGUGUAUGAGUACUUUUGCUCCCCUCUGCUUGUGGUUCAACUAAUUAUUUGCUACAGCCUGGCAAUCGUCUUUAUGCUCCUCUUCUAUCAGUACUGCCACCCAUGUAGGUUGCUUUUCACGCACAAUGUCGCAGACUGUCUCCAGUGCCACUGUUGGAAGGAACCUCACUUUGAAACUACAGUUGAGGAUUCAUAAUUCAGUUCAUGUGUUACGACAAGAGGUGGCUGCAUGUGAAAACGUGAUUUUGUUGCUAUUUUCAUAUCACUCCUCCUCGAAGUAGUGAAAGGUUUAACAAGCUGAUGAGUUUCAUAACAAAUACGAAUAAUGAAUUAUCUAUAUAAAAGGUCAGUGUGAUCCUGGAGUUCAAAACAUACUGCGACUACAAGCUGGAACAGAGCUUGGACGUUACUUUCUAAAUGUACACAUCAGAAGAAGGUAAAGGCUGUUUUGUGCUCACCUUUUCUGUGAAAACUGACAGCCAAAGGAGUUUGUAACUACUCUAGGAUAGUCAUUCUCCACUAAGCCGAAGUAAGAGCUAGCCAACAAACACACACCCAUUAACAACAAAAGGACCCUGGACCUUCCUGAUAUUUGGGAGUGUUAAGGCUGGAUCCACAUCAUGCAGAAAUAUGUUUGUAUUUAAUGAAAGAUUGUUUAUUCGGGAAUAGACAAAGCCAGUUUUUCUCUGAACCCACAUUUGCUUUGUGUGAGAUAGCCUAGUAACCAGCUUUAAAGGGUGAUUGUGUUUGUAUUUUUUUAAAGGCUUAAAGUUCUUUUUCAUUUGAUGUGAGUUUCAAUGUAUAUGAUUUGUGGUGGUGAAAGUAGUUUAUAUUUUGAUUUAUUGCCAAUUUUUUUUCUUUGUCUUACUCCUAAUAUUCUAUCUUUCUUCCCUUAAUAUAGACGCUUGUAGUGUUAAAAUGACAUGAAUGCCAUUGAUAUAUGUAUACUAUAUCUAAAUGACAACACUUCACGUGGCUAUGUCAGUGAAGUUGAUCUCAAAAGGCUGUCACAUUUGGUCUCAAUUCCAUACCCUGUGGCCCAUAAUUGCAUAAUUUCCAGCAGGAGUCUGAAAAUAUUACCAUAUGCACUUGUGUAAAAGUCAAGUUUCUCAAACCAAUGUUUUUAGUAAGUUCACAAAUUUUUAAAAGUUCUUUUUGCUUUAGCUCAUCAGCAUGAGCUUUGUCUAAUUAUUUUCUAGCCAGAGUGUCAGCUUCGUCAUUCUGAGCCAGGCCAUAUGGUUACAGAUUGUGGUUGAGUAUAAUUCUGCUGCUGGUGGCCCACAGUGCCUCAUGGAUGCCCACUAUUGAGUUGCUAGAUCUGUUUGAAAUCUAUUCCAUUUAGCACAGUAAUAGUGCCACACAACACCAUAAAGAGUAUCCUCAAUGUGAAGGUGGGACUUCAUCUCCACAAGGCCUGUGCAGUGGUCUCUCUUACUAAUUUUGUAAUAGUCAGAUACAUCUGCAACAGAUAGAUUGGUGAGUACAAGGUCAAGUAGGUUUUUCGCCCUUGUGUGUUCCCUCACCGCCUGCCACAGACCCAGCCUAGCAGCUCUGUCCUUUAGGACUUGACCAGCUUGGUCAGUGUUGCUACAGAGCCGUUUUUGGUGAUGCACAUUGAAGCCACCCUCAGUGCUUCCUCCAAGUGAUGUUCAACAUAGAAGGGUACUGAUUCAUCAGCUGAAGGCUAUGGUGUAAUAAGCAGGAGGUUUCCUUGCCUAUGUUUAACCUGAUGCCACGAGACUUCAUGGGGUCCAGAGUCAUCACCUCAGGUGGGUCUGUCCUCUGGCAGAAUAAGACAUACUCAGGGAUGGUGAUGUUUGUAAGGUAUGAUUUGGUGAUUCUAUGUCAGGCUGUUGCUUGACUAGUCUGUGGAACAGCUCUCCCAAUGUUGGCACAAGACCCUAGAUAUUAGUAACAAGGACUUUGCAGAAUUGUUAGGGCUGGGUUUGCGGGGUGUAUUCAUAUCUUUUUGCAGAUUUUGUCGUGGUUUGAUGCAACUGAGUGGCUUGCUUCUUAAUACCGGUUAAUUCGAGCAUAUGUGGGGAGCUGCACCCAUUCACAAAAUGGCGUACAAGCUCUCCGAUCAGUUACAGAUCAUAGUUCAUUUGAAUAAACCAAUCAUUAGUUGAUACAUUU